UUAAAAAAUACUCAAAAAAUAAGCAAAAAUAUUUUUUAUAAUUUUAAAAAUAAAAAAAAAUUAAGUGAAUUAAAAAAUGGGUUUACCAAUAAAUGACCCGAUACCUCGAGUGCCGGAGCCGCAUCCGGAAGCGUCAGUGGAAGAUGAAAAAUUAUAUUCAGACUUAUACAUAAGGACGAGUUGGUUUGAUGCUGCACUAGCGCUGGAUCAAAUUGAGAAGGGCAAAGCCGAUGGCCGUCGUACAAGCAUCUACCUCCGUCACCUAUUCCAAUCACAUUUCUUCAAAAUUGGUCGGAGUAUUGACAAGCAUGCGGGCAUAAUAAUCUUCAUGGCAGCCCUAAUACUCGGCACAUUUUGUGUCGGCCUAAAAUCCGUCAUCAUUCACUCAAAUGUAAAUCAAUUAUGGCUGGAAGUGGGCGGAAGUCUUGAGCAAGAACUCGCAUAUACAGAGAAAUAUCUCGGCUACAUAGAUACAUCAAUAAAUAAUCAACUUCUAAUACAGACACUGAAGGAUGAAGACUCGACGAUAUUGUAUGAUCAAGCACUUCUGGCGCACUUGAAAGUUGUCAAGCAGGCACUUUCCGUGGAUGUUUUUAUUGGUGAAGUGACGUGGACGCUCAAAGAUCUCUGUCAAUUGCCAUCGAGUCCGCGUUUUGAUGAACAUUUUAUGGAGCAAAUACUUGAAAUUGUGAUACCGUGUGCAAUUAUAACGCCAUUGGAUUGCUUUUGGGAGGGAAGUAAGCUUCUUGGACCGGAUCGUGAGCCGCAUAUACCACUCCUUAACAACAAGUUUGGCAUCAUCAGCUGGCAAUCCCUCGACCCAGCAAAACUCCUCGAAGAAGCCAGCAAGUCAUUCAACACUGAAGAAAAAUCCUCAAAAUCAGACCAAGGCAUGAUCGCAAAAGUCGAGCAGUAUAUGAAGCAGGCCGGCAUCACAACAGGUUACAUUCGUAAGCCAUGCCUUAACCCAUACGAUCCACAAUGUCCUGACUCAGCACCAAACAAGAAAUCAAGACAAAUUCCCGAUAUUGGAGCUGCUCUUAGUGGUGGAUGUUAUGGCUAUGCUAUGAACUUUAUGCAUUGGCCAGAGGAACUGAUUGUUGGUGGUGCUGAGAAGAAUGCAACGAAUCAUAUCAGAAAGGCUAAGGCACUUCAGACUGUAAUACAGUUGAUGAGCGAGCAGGAACUUUAUGAUCAUUGGAAUGACAAUUAUAAGACUCAUUAUGCUGGAUGGAGCUUGAAGAAGGCAAAGGAAGUGUUGAAUGCAUGGCAGGAGAAGUUCUCGAAUGAGGUCCGCAAGCUAAUGCGCGAAGAAGGUAACACAACAUAUGCAGCCUAUGAUUUCCACGCAUUCAGCUCCACAACCCUCAACAACAGCCUCCGAUCAAAUUCAAAACCAGAUUUUAUUCAUCUUUCCAUUUGUGUCCUCAUCAUCAUCGUCUACACAGGUUUGGUGCUAUACCGUUUUGGCGAUCCCGUCAAUGGACAAUCAGGAGUUGGAAUGUUUGGCAUUUUACUUCUCUGCGCAUCGACAGCUGCCGGUCUUGGUGUGUGUUCGCUCCUUGGCAUUCCAUUUAAUGUGUCAACAACACAAGUUGUGCCUUUAAUUGCUUUGGGACUGGCUGUUGACCAAAUUUUUAUCUUAACACAUGGAUAUGACUCGAGAAGGAAUAGUAAUGAGCAAAUGCAUACGGCACAAAUAUUAAAAAAAUAUGGACUGAGUGUGCUGUUUAAUGGAGCAUCGACAGCAAGUGCUUUUUUGGGUGCUGCACUCUUGCCAAUUCCAAUUCUUAGGGCAUUUGCAUUGCAAGCAACAAUUUUGAUUACUGUCAAUUUAAUUGCAAUUUUAUUCGUAUUUCCCGCAUUUAUUACACUCGAUUUGAGGAGGAGGCGAUCAUCACAUAUGGACAUCUUUUGUUGUCUACCAACUUUCACUCCACCACGACCGAUGGAGCAGUAUAACCUCAAAAGUAAUGAACACAAUGACUCGCUGCUUAAUAAACCGAAAAAGUGUCAGAAAUUAACGACUAAAUUGUACAUUGACAUAAUUUUGAAUGGAAAGAUGAAGGCACUCGGGAUAUUAACGAUACUGGCUGUUUUUGGAUGUUCAGCAUAUGCGACAGUGAAGCUACAAGAUGGAUUUGAAUUGACUGACUUGAUUCCAAAGAACACGAGUGAGCAUAACUUUAUAUCAGCACAGAGCAACUUGUUUGGAUUCUACAACAUUUAUGCAGUGACUCAAGGCAACUUUGAGUAUCCACAGAACCAGAAACUACUUAGAGAAUAUCAUGAAGCAUUCAUUCGUGUUCCAUACAUCAUCAAAAAUGACAAUGGUGGACUUCCAGACUUCUGGCUUAACCAAUUCCGUGACUGGCUUAAAAGUCUUCAAUUUGCCUUCGAUCGUGACUAUAGAAAUGGUGCAAUCAGCAAGGAACGAUGGUACGCAAAUGCAUCAGCCGAUGGAAUCUUAGCAUUCAAGCUUCUCGCUCAGACUGGACAUGUCGACAAUCCAAUUGACAAGUCACUGAUUACACACAACAGAUUAGUCAAUUCCGAAGGCAUCAUCAAUCCAAAAGCAUUUUACAACUACUUAUCAGCCUGGGCAUGGAAUGAUGCAGCAUAUGGAGCAUCACAAAGUAAUCUUCGUCCAUCACCACGCAUGUGGAUUCAUUCACCAAAAGAUAAGCACAUGGAAAUUCCAAAAAGUGCACCACUUUCGUAUACUCAACUGCCAUUCUACCUCCAUGGAUUGUACACAACAAAAGACAUUAAGAAUGUGAUUGAAGAGAUUAGGGAGCUCUGCACAAAGUUUAAUGCUCGUGGCUUGCCAAACUACCCUUCAGGCAUUCCAUUCCUUUAUUGGGCGCAGUACUUUAAUCUUCAUAUUCUUAUUGGCAUUGCAUUGGCUGGAUCGAUUAUUGUUACAUUUGUGCUGUCGUUGAUCUACUUGCAAUCUAUGUCAGCUGCUGUUCUUGUUGUACUUAAUGCCUUGUUUGUGUUUGCACAACUAUUUGGAGCGAUGUUGGUCUUGGAUGUUAAGUUGUCAGCUAUUGCUGCUGUGGUGCUGAUUGCUAGCAUUGGAUUGAGCAUCUGCUUCACUGCUAAUAUUACUUUGGGCUUCCUGACAUCGAUCGGCAAUCGUGAACGACGUCUUCGACUAGCCUUAGAGCACACAAUCCCGUACAUAUGCCACAGCAUCACAACAUCUGUCCUAAUCCUCCUGAUCCUCUAUUUCUCACCAUUUGAAUUUGUCGUCAAGCAUUUCUUCUACUUACUCAUCACAUUCUGGAUACUAUGUGCUGUUAACAGCUUGUUCCAUUAUCCAAUGUUGUUGCUGUUGUUUGGAAUGAAACCAGAAUUGAUUCCAUAUCAACAUCAGAACCGAAUCUCAACACCAUCACCACAAUUGAAGUCUGUGAAUAGUCAGAAGUCGAAUAAGGCAAUUACAUUGCAUAAUAAAAGGACAUGCAGGAAGAAGUCACAUCACUGCCAUGUUAAGAAUACAAAUCUUAAUAACGAGCCAUCGCUAACGACAAUUACGGAAGAGCCAUCAUGGCAAUCAUCAGCAUCUUCAAUCUCAAAUGCAUCAGGCUACAUCAGUGAUGGAAAUGUGUCGCACAAGUCAAAGAACUUUUCAAUUCCUCGCGUUCACAACAACACAAAAGAGGAUAAUCUUGGCAAUAUAACAAUCGAUGCAGCAACAGCAGCAGCACAGCAGGCAUUUAAGAGCAUAAUUGUACAGCCUGAGGUGACGGUCGAGACUCAUCAUAAUGGAUCACAACAAAAUACCAAAGUCACUGCAACGGCAAAUAUUAAGUUGGAAUUUACGACGGGUGGAACAUCGACGCAGACACAGACACAGCCACAGGCGGAAGUUAAGAAGGAUAUAAAUAUAAAUUGCAGUUGAUGAGAUGGACUUGAUUGAAUUAUGGUCGAUAUCGAUGAGAUAUGUAUGAUUAUUAUUAUUAUUAUUUAGGAAAUUAUUAUUAUUGAUAUUGCUCAGGGAUUGAAAACUAAAAAUGAAGUAAAAAAACACAUUGAAAAGAAAUUAAUUUAAAAAUUAAGUUAAAAAUGAGAUUUUAAGAGAUUCUUUUUUUGUAAAUAGAAAAUUAAAUUUAUUAAUAAUUGAAAAAGUUUUUAAAUAUGUCAAUAAUUAUUUUAUUCAAGAUAUUUUAUUGAAAAAUGAGUUUUCAAAAUUAUUUUAAAUUUUUUAAAAUUUUAAAACUUU